UUCAUGAAAAAAAGAGAGAGAGAGAGAGAGGGAGAGAGAGAAAGGCAAACAUUCGACUUCCUGCUUUGGGUUUUUGUUCCUAGUUGAAGGGAAGGCGCCCUGCCUUCUCUUAACAGUUGUCUUCAGUGUUCUGGGGAAGCUUCUCAAACGUACUAUGUGCGCCAGAAAACGGAGAUGGUGUCUGGUCCUGCAAUCGCUAUUGCUGUUUGUGGUAACUGGAUUUCAAGAUCAUUCAGUACCGGAAGUCAAUGCCACAAUUGGCAGCAAUGUAACCCUGAGCAUCCAUAAGGAAAUACUUAGACCAUACAAUCGUCUCACCUGGCUUCAUACUACCAAUCAGAAGAUUUUAGAAUACUACCUUACUCCUAGAAGGAAAAUUAUCUUCGAUUCUGUAUUUAAGAACAGGGUCGAUGUUGAAGAAACAAAUGGUGAGCUUUAUAUCUAUAAUGUCCGGAAAGAGGACCAAGGUAUCUACUACCUGAGAGUGUUGCAUGAAACUGAGGAAGAGUGGAAGAUAAUCCUGAAAGUAUUUGAUCCUGUGCCCAAGCCUUCCAUAGAAAUCAAGAAGACUGAAGAUUUGGCUGGCUCCUGUCACCUGAAGCUAUCAUGUGAGGUAGAGGACCAGGAGGGCCAGCGUGUUGACUAUACUUGGUAUGAGAACUCGGGACCUCUUCCCCCAAUGGAUCCAGGAAAUGUGCUCGAACUCGUCAUCACACCACAGAACAAGUCUACAUUUUACACUUGCCAAGUCAGCAAUCCUGCAAGCGGCAGGAACGACACAGUGUACUUCAUUCCACCUUGUACACUGGCCAGAUCUUGUGGAGUACAUUGGAUUGCAACUUGGCUCGUGGCCAUCACAACACUCAUCAUUCACUGCAUCCUGCUAAUCUCCUCUCACUGAAGAAGGAAACUUCAAAGCACGGAGUCUUGCCUUCAUACCCAGCAGUAUUCCUAACCAGCGAAGCACCUCUGGCUCUAUGGGACAAAGGAGAAUGUGUUAAUGAACAUCUGUGAGGGCUUACAUGCAUGCUCUAUGGAACAAGCACAGGACCUUGUACCGUGCUCUACCACUGAUCUGUGUGCCCAGCCCUUUACAAAGAUUUUAAAUUAACCUUUUACAAACUGUGGAUAACAUCUAAUUUUAUAUACUCUAGUUAUUUCCCAACAUACAUUAAAGAUAAAUGCAUUCUUUUUACCAAAAUAUAUGACUAUAUUAUGGUAAUGUUGUUUUUAUAUCUCUUUUUUAAAAUAAAUUCUUCUCACACACUA